AUGACUUCUUCAACUGCUUAUUUGUUCACUGAUUUUUCAUCCUUCUCUUCUUCCUCAUCGUCUGAUGAUGCAAAAAUUGUUUCCCUUGUGGAUCUUUAUGAGAUAAAUAAUGCUAGUAUGAUACUGAUACUGACAGGAAGUGAUCAAUCAAAGAAAAAAGGUGGCUCUGUUGUAAGACAUAAGUACAUAUGUCGCGAAAAAAGAAAGGGACAUGAUCAAUUGGUUGCGGAUUAUUUUGCUGUAAAUCCAGUUUAUUCAUCUAACACAUUUUGGAGACGUUUUAGAAUGCGUCGUGAUCUGUAUUUACAAAUUUUGCAUGCCAUUGAAGCACAUGACACUUAUUUUGUUCAAAAAAAAGAUGCAACUCAUAUUCUCAUAUUGUUUCCACUUCAAAAGACAACUUCAACAAUUAGAAUGCUCGCAUAUGAAGUGGCAGCAGAUGCAAUUGAUGAUUAUGUGCAAAUUGGGGAAAGUACAACAAUUAAAAGUUUGAAACACUUUUGCAAUUCAAUUAUCGAAAUCUUUGGACCUGAAUAUCUUAAAUCUCCAUCACCAACUGAUGUUGCUAGAUUACUUGCUAUUAGGGAGGUUCAUGGGUGUGGACUGGCCUUUUUCGGCACCCCGCCUUUCAGAAAGGUUUGA